GGAAUUUUAGAAACAGCGGUGUUUGUAUCAAUUUGUAGUGUAAUAUGAAUUAAUUAUGGUUUUAACAAGUUACUCACCGAUCCGAACACUGUGUAGAGUCCCGAUACGAUGGAUGUUGAGCAGCUUUCGACACAACAAAAUUCACAACUCCGCCAGUCAUUUAGCAGAAGAGAUCGAGUACGAUGAAAUUCCGGUUAGUCGAAUACGUAACUUCAGUAUAAUUGCACACGUGGAUCAUGGCAAGAGUACCCUCGCCGAUCGAUUACUAGAGAUUACCGGUACCAUCGCCAAACAUGCCGGCAACAAGCAGGUGCUGGACAGCUUGCAGGUCGAAAAGGAACGUGGCAUCACGGUGAAGGCGCAGACCGCCUCCAUCAUCUACAAACGUGCGGGAGAGAAUUAUUUGCUUAAUCUUAUCGACACACCCGGUCAUGUGGACUUCUCGAACGAGGUAUCCCGCUCGUUGGCCGCCUGCAACGGCGUUAUACUGCUGGUGGACGCAAACCAGGGCGUCCAGGCGCAGACAGUCGCCAACUACCAUCUGGCCCGGUCGAAGAACCUCGUCAUUGUGCCGGUCCUGAACAAGAUUGACCUCAAAAAUGCUCGUCCGGAAGCGGUAUGUAACGAACUGCUCACCCUGUUCGACAUCGAUCCCGAGGAAGUGCUAAAGGUUUCGGCCAAGUUGGGUACUGGUUGCGACGAAGUACUGAGCAGUAUCAUCGAUCGUCUUCCACCGCCGGUUGCCAACCGGAAUGCACCAUUCCGAGCGCUUAUCUUUGAUAGUUGGUUCGACAAGUACAGGGGUGCGCUUAAUUUGAUCUACGUGAAAGACGGGGAGGUGUGUACCGGCCAGGAGAUAGUUCUAUGCCACACGGGUCGCGCGUAUGAGGUGAAAAGUUUGGCCCUCCUUCGACCGGAUGAACGCAAAGUGGACCGUUUGGUGGCGGGACAGGUUGGGCUUCUCGGGUGCAACAUGCGCACGAGCAAGGAGUCACAGAUCGGCGACACAGUGUACCUCAAACGGGACAAAAGUUGUGUCCCACUGCCGGGUUUCAAACCCCAACAGCCAAUGGUGUUUGCUGGUGUGUAUCCACCGGAUCAAACCCAGCAUCCGGUGCUGAAGGGAGCGAUAGAAAAGCUGGUGCUCAAUGAUUCCGCCGUCACCGUAAUGCCGGAUUCUAGUCCCGCGCUCGGACAAGGCUGGCGGCUGGGGUUCCUUGGACUGCUCCAUCUGGAUGUUUUCAGUCAGCGACUUCAGCAGGAGUACGAUGCUGAACCGGUCCUUACGGCACCCUCGGUUACGUACAAGAUCAAACUGAAGGGUACCAAGGCUAUCGCGGCACACGGUGGCAACGAAACGGUGUUCAUCAGCAACCCGGCACUCCUGCCCGACCCGACGUUCGUGGAAGAGUACCACGAGCCGUACGUCCUCGGCACAAUCAUUGCUCCGACGGAGUGUGUCGGGGCGAUCAUUGGCUUGUGCGUGGAACGACGCGCCGUCCAGAAGACAUCCCUUAACAUCGACAACGAGCGCAUCAUGACCACGUACCUCAUGCCGUUGAACGAGAUUGUGCUGGAUUUUCACGAUCAGCUGAAAUCGCUCAGCUCCGGUUACGCCAGUUUCGACUACGAGGAUUACGGGUACGUGGAAACAAGCAUCGUGCGCAUGGACGUGCUUCUAAACGGCCAGCUGGUGGAGGAACUGUGCACCAUCACGCACUCGAGCAAAGCGCAGAACCAUGCGCGAGAGCUGGUGCUAAAGCUGAAGGAACUAAUCCCCCGGCAGAUGGUGCAGAUUGCCAUUCAAGCGGUGGUCGGGGGAAAGAUUUUGGCCCGAGAAACUAUCAAAGCCUACCGGAAGGAUGUUACGGCCAAAUUGUACGGUGGGGAUGUUACGAGACGGAUGAAGCUGUUGAAACAACAAUCAGAUGGAAAGAAAAAGAUGCGAUCGAUUGCAAACAUAAAUGUGCCGAGAGAUACCUUUAUAAAAGUGUUAAAACGAUAGAAAAACUCAGCUGGAAGCCAUUAAAUUUCAACCGCACCUGAAUGGCUA